AGCCUGGGGGCGGCGGCCGGGAGCUACGCCGCGAGCCUCGGCCCCUCUCCUGCUGCGGACGGCGGCUCCCAGGAGGCCGAGCGCACGGCGGGACGGGCCGUCGCUGAGAGGACAGCGCUCCGAUGUAGUUGGUCCCCUCGGGGUAGCCGUAGGUGUCAGGUGACCGACCCGGCGGCGGCCACGUGACUACAGGGCACCCGGCAGGAUCAUGGCGGCCCCCAGGCAGCUGUCCCGCUUCUGGGAGUGGGGGAAGAACAUCGUGUGCGUGGGGAGGAACUACGCGGACCACGCCAAGGAGAUGCGCAACCCGGUGCUGAGCGAGCCGGUGGUCUUCCUGAAGCCGUCCACCGCCUACGCCCCCGAGGGCUCGCCCAUCCUCAUGCCCGCCUACACCCGCAACCUGCACCACGAGCUGGAGCUGGGCGUCGUGAUGGGCAGGCGCGGCCGCGCCGUCCCGGAGGCCGCGGCCAUGGACUACGUGGCCGGCUACGCGCUGUGCCUGGACAUGACCGCCAGAGACGUGCAGGAUGAGUGCAAGAAGAAGGGGCUGCCGUGGACCCUGGCCAAGGGCUUUACGGCCUCGUGCCCGGUCAGCGCGUUCGUGCCCAAAGAGAGGAUCCCCGACCCUCACAACCUGAAGCUCUGGCUCAAGGUCAACGGUGAACUCAGGCAAGAGGGUGAGACAUCCUCCAUGAUUUUUUCCAUCCCCUACAUCAUCAGCUAUAUUUCUAAGAUAAUGACCUUGGAAGAAGGAGAUGUUAUCUUGACUGGGUCGCCAAAGGGAGUUGGACCAGUUAAAGAAAACGAUGAGAUCCAGGCUGGCAUACAUGGGGUCCUCAGUAUGACAUUUAAGGUGGAAAAGCCAGAAUAUUGAGUCACUUAUUAACAAGUUUCAGGAGAGAAGGAACAAGACAGGAGCAAGCAAAGGUUGAAUGUAAUGAUCUUUUAAUAAGAAACCAAUUCUAAAAAAAUGAUUUAAUUAAAUUACAGUGUCACAACUCACAGAAAACGGACCUUUCAAGAAGAACGUGAUCUAGAAGGGCUGGGCCAGAAAUGAAAACAGCCAAAAUAAAAGAAUUGCGAUGCUUUCGAAGAGACUUUAUCAAACCAAAUGUUCAAAAGACUUAGUUUUCUUUUGAAAAAUUUGACUGGAUAAGAGUUUUCAGUGGGACAUUCUAGACAGAUCAGUAGUUCAAGACUUAAAAACUGCAGAGGAAACUGAGAGUCAUGUUCCAGAGUAGUGUUUCCCAGGUUUUCUUGGACUUAAUAAUCAUCAGGAGGCAUUUGCGAAAAUAAAAAUUUCCAAAUUACUGGCCCAUCCCAGACCCACGGAAUUAAUUAAUGGGAUUAAUCUCGAGGGAAGUUGUAUUUACAGAGCACUCCAAGUGAUUCUUACAGGGAAAUGUGGAAAAAGACUCCUCCACAUAAUCAUAAUACGUUAAUUUAAAAUUUUCUUUAAUAAGUGAACAAUGAAGACUUCACCUGUUUACUUAGGGUGUCUGCCCUGGCCCAUAAAUUCUGAGUUCUGGGGAUGAUUUUGAAGUUAUUGUUUUACAAAUAAAUGUGCUGUCUUUUCUGUGGC